AUGAUUGUACGUUUUAAAUUGAAAAGUUUAUUUCAGCCAGUAGCCAAUUCCAUAUGGGAAUCUUGUCAUACCGCGAGUUGCAAAAUUCGCGAAAAGCUGGCGGACAUGGAUAAGGAAACGAGAGAAGUGAUGGAUGAAACCUUACUAGGUGGCAUCCAUCGUUUCGAUGAAAUGCUCAGGAACGAGGGAGUAAGAACUCGUAUGAAUAAUUGGCAUAGCCACACAUCAAAGCAACAUUUUGCUGAAGCCAAUCUACUCGGAAUGGACUUUUUGAGGAAACUGGAAUUGGCGAUUGUGCCUGAUUGGAGAAAUGAUACUUUCCAGUUGAUCAGAAUCUAA